ACGCAUGGCCCAUCCAAGAAGCAGGUUGGUCCCCCAGUGUCAGGUGAAUGGCUAGGAUCUCGCACGUAUAUCACGUGAGAGUCAGAGGCAUCCCGCGUACGAGAUGAAACGCGCGGGUUAAAGAAAAAAAGGCCGACCAUGCAAUAGUUCUGGUUUCUCUGUGCAGCAAACAGAAGUCAGGAGGAGCGAAAGGAGAAGAGAAUGGGUGGAGGAGGAGAUCAUCAUCCCGGCCAUGCGGCAGAUGGGGCCCACGGCGAUUUCAGGACAAAGGUCUGGAGCAUGACGGGAGGCCCGUACUGCAGGCCCAAGCACUGGAAGCGGAACACUGCCAUCGCCAUGUUUGGCAUCUUCCUAGUCUGCAUCCCAAUCGCCAUGAAAUCUGCCGAGCUCGAGCAACGGCCUCAUCAUCCUGUUCGCCCAAUUCCGUCGCAGCUUUGGUGCAAAAAUUUUGGGAAAAAGGAAUACUGAUAUGCUUUGUUAUUCUUAUGUCCCUUGUGGUAAGAACUUGUUUUCUGUGCUUGUUAAUGGUACCCGGAUUUUGUGAAUUCUUCUGGGGUUGUGUUUGUUCAAGCUGAAAUUGAACAUGGCAGAGGUUUCAAUCAGUGGCCUUCUUGUGUCUCCUGCACCUAAUAUUACCAUUUUAGUCAAAUAAAUUCUCAAGACUGUUACCAUUGGAA